GAAUUCCUCAUACGUGCUGAUUGCCCCACCGAUUGCGGUGCGCUUGAUAACCUCAGCUCAGGGAUAGGGUAACACAGGAUGAUUCACAGAUCAAACAGACUUCAAUCUAUCUCGCAAAAGGUUUCCCUGCUUGAAAUUCUGCUCUACUCUGUGUCCUCUAUAUUGAACUCUGUUCUUUCUCGCCAGGCUAAUCUCCUUCAUCACGAAUCACCUGCACCACAUUUCAGUACGCAGCCUUGUAACUGGCUUAUCAGAUCCAUCUACAUAGUGACUCAACCGAAAAAGACCAACACCAGGAAAAUGAGCGGCGACUUCACAGCUUUCUUCUAUGGUACCUUGAUGGCUCCCGAGGUGUUCUUCACUGUCUGCUACGGCGAUCGUGACCCUCCCAAGGCCAUCAAGGACAUGCACACAUUUACUCCUGCUAUCUUGGACGGCUACUGUCGCCACAAAGUUGAGUGUGCAGAUUACCCUGCAGUGGUCCCUGAGAAGGGCCACUCUGUCCUUGGCAUAUAUGCCACUGGAUUGACUGACGGCAAUGUUGACAAGCUCGACAUGUUUGAGGGAUCUGAGUACUUCAAGGAGAAGGUCAAAGUCAAGGUUCUCAACAAAGACGGAACUACUCCUGAGAAGGAGGAGACCAAGGAGACAUUUGUCUACGUUUUCGACAAUCCCGAUUACCUUGAGAAGGGCGAGUGGGAUUUUGAAGAGUUUCGAAAGUCGAAGAUGAAGAAUUGGACCAGAGCUGGGCUUGGUUUCGGUGAGGAUAUCCCCAAAGGAACCGGCAACAAUGGGUGGGAGUAGUGGAAGUAAGCACCUGUUUCUGUAAGCGCUUUCCUAUAUCAGAGGUCACUCGCUUGCUUGAUAGUAAUGGACUUGUCUUGUAGCGGUGAAGAAUAGAGACACUGGCACCAUCAAACCGGCUCGCGGAAUGGGCCUCUUAGACAAGACGAUACAGUCCGACGAGAUGAAAUAGACAAAUCAUUAUCUCUAAAAAGUUCCGCAAGCGCUCGGUUAUGCCAAUGAUCAGACAACGCACCAUGAAGUAAUUCACAACUGCAGGUCUGACGUUGGCCUUGUGCCGACAGAGUGUUGGGCCUCAUUAAGUCAUGGGCGGUUAAAUUGUCCCAAGCUGUCGGGACGCGCCCGCCCACAGGCUACCGGAGCCUUUAUUUCAAUAUACUGAAGAUGGAUGUAUCUUUCCAGUUGCUCUAAUGAAGGGUAUAAGCUAGAGUCUCAUCUUUUCCAUAUUUAGUGCAUCUUUGCAGAUAAUACGAGUUCGCGGCGCAUUAGGUCUACCUGCUGACGAAACGUUGCGGUGAAUCCUUUGAGU